AACAGUUCCUCCGCUUCAGUAGUCAGACUCGCCCCCAUUUCUUCAGCUGGUCAGUCCGCAUCCCCGUCUCUCUCUCUCUCCUCCAAACUCUCUCUCUCUUCUGACUUCUUCUUACGCGCAAUUGAAUAUCUCCGUCCUUUAGCAACACAUCCAUGGCUUUAUUUUAUUCACUGAAAUUCCAUUGCAUUUUCUUAACUACAGUGAAAGUUCCUUCAAAUCAAUGUCCCUUUUUCUUACAUAGCCUCCCUCCACUCUCUCUCUCUCUAUCUAUACAUACCGGACUUUCUCACUCUAAAUAGGAGUAUCUGUUAUGGAUACUCGGACAGUUUUCUCAGAUUCAAACGACAUAAUCAGUGGGAGCAGCAGCAUAUGUUGCGUCGCCAACACUGAAUCUCUCUCCUCUGCUCCAGAUACAUCAGCCUUGAAACGCCUCUCUGAGAACCUCGAGUCGAUCUUCGAAUCGUCGCCGAACUUCGAUUUCUUCGCGGAUGCAAAAAUAGUCGUCUCCGGCGGUCGCGAAGUCUCAGUCCACCGGUGCAUUUUGUCGUCGAGAAGUCCUUUUUUCAAGAACGUGUUCUGCGGUAAAGAGAGAGAUGUGAAGUUAGAAUUGAAAGAGUUGACGAAAAACUUCGAAGUUAGCUUCGAUUCGUUAAUCACUGUUCUGGCAUAUUUGUACAGUGGAAAGAUGAGGCCUUGCCCGAAAGAUGUUUGUGCUUGUGUCCUUGAGGAGUGUUCGCACGUCGCUUGUCGGCCGGCGGUGGACUUUAUGGUGGAAGUGCUCUAUGCAUCUUUCGCUUUUGAGAUAUCUGAUUUGGUUUCUGUAUAUCAGAGGAAUUUACUAGACAUUCUUGACAAGGUUGCAGCAGAUGACAUUUUGGUGGUUCUAUCUGUUGCAAAUAUGUGUGGAAAAUUUUGUGAGAGAUUGAUUGCAAGGUGCAUUGAAAAUAUUGUCAAAUCCAAUGUUGACAUGGUAACUCUUGAGAAAUCACUGCCGCAGCAUAUUGUAAAACAAAUUGUGGAUUCACGAGUGGAACUUGGCUUGCAUGAGUCUGCGAAGAAUGGUUUUCCUGAUAAGCACGUUAAAAGAAUACAUCGGGCUCUGGACUCUGAUGAUGUUGAAUUAGUUAGAAUGCUUCUGAAAGAGGGACAUAGUUCUCUAGAAGAUGCAUAUGCACUCCAUUAUGCUGUGGCAUAUUGUGAUGCAAAGACCACAACAGAGCUUCUUGAUCUUGCAAUAGCUGAUGUUAACUGCAGAAAUCCUAGGGGCUACACGGUGCUGCAUGUUGCUGCCAUGCGAAAAGAACCUAAGAUUAUAGUAUCCCUUCUAACAAAGGGAGCCCAACCAUCUGAUCUCACAUCAGAUGGAAGAAAAGCACUUCAAAUCUCAAAGAGCCUCACCAGAGCUGUUGAUUACCAUAAGUCGACCGAGGAAGGAAAAGCUUCCCCCAAGGAUCGGUUGUGUAUAGAGAUUUUGGAACAAGCUGAAAGAAGAGAUCCGCUACUAGGAGAAGCUUCUCUUUCUCUUGCUAUGGCAGGGGAUGCUCUGCGUAUGCAGUUGUUGUACCUUGAAAACAGAGUUGGACUGGCGAAACUUUUGUUCCCUAUGGAAGCCAGGGUUGCAAUGGAUAUUGCUCAAGUAGAUGGCACUUCUGAGUUUCCAUUAGCUGGCAUCAACUCUAAAAAUUUAGCUGAUUCCCCGAGGACGACAGUCGAUUUGAAUGAGGCACCUUUCAAGAUGAAAGAGGAGCAUCUAAGUAGGCUAAAGGCACUCUCUAAGACUGUGGAACUUGGGAAACGCUUCUUCCCUCGCUGUUCAGCAAUACUCAAUAAGAUCAUGGAUGCUGAUGACUUAUCAGAGCUAGCCUACCUGGGUAAGGACACUUCAGAGGAGCGGCAACUGAAGAAGCAGAGAUACAUGGAACUGCAAGAAGUUCUAAGUAAGGCAUUUAGUGAGGACAAAGAGGAAUAUGAUAAGUCUAACAUACCAUCUUCAUCCUCUUCGACAACCCUAAGAGUGGGAAUGCCAAAUGGUAAUCUUACCUUGAAGAAAUAGAUAACUUGUGAAUGAGAGGUGCAGAAAAGCAUCUUCUUGUUGUAUCAUAUAGUUCCAUGUUCAUAUUCAAGUUCAUAUGGACAUGACUGAUUGCAUCAUAUAGUUCCAUUUUUCUUAUUUUUUGAUUCAGCCUUUUGUAAUCAAGUUUUGUGGUAUAAUUUGAUUUUCCAGCUAAUUUAUAGGAUGGAGAGGAUUGGUAUCUUCUGUUGUAUUCUAAUGAUGAUUUUGAUUACUCGGUA